AUGUCUUCAAAAAAAUGGUUUGUAAUUGGUAUUUCGGGUACAACAUGUAGUGGAAAAACUUCUGUAGCUAUCCAACUUCAUGAAAAAUUAAAAAACUCAAUAGUGUUACACCAAGAUAAUUAUUUCUUGUCGAAAGAUGAUCCACGGCAUGUAUUGGUAAAAGAACUUGAUCAUUUUAAUUGGGAAUUAAUAACCAGUAUGGAUAUGGAUAAAAUGUAUUCAGAUAUUUUACAAUUAAUGGAAUCUUUUCCGAAUGAAAAUAAUCCUUCCGAAGUGAUCAACAAAAAUAUAUUAAUAUUAGAUGGAUUUUUACUUUUUAAAUGUAAGGUUAUUUCAAAUUUAUGUGAUCGUAAAUAUUUCAUAACGUUAAACAAAGAUCAAUGUUGGGAGAGAAGGAAAGAAAGAAAGUAUGAUCCACCAGAUGUUCCUGGUUAUUUUGAAAAAGUUGUAUGGCCAGAAUAUAUAAAGAACAAAGAUGAAUUAAUGAAAGACAAUGAUUUGUGUAAUACAAUAACAUUCAUUGAUGGAUCAAAAAGUAAAAAAGAGAUAUUUGAAAUAAUUUUUAACGAAAUAAAAAAAUUAUUAUCAUAGGGUUUUAAUUAUUAUUAUACGUUAAAGAAAAAAACUACAAUAAAUAUAUAUCAUACAUUAAUUUUAAAUAUUUAACUACUAUUUAACAAAAAAUAAUCAUAUUAUAAGUCAACUUCAAAAAAAAAUAUAUGUUAUGCUACACAUUCCAGAAUAUUUAAUAUAAAUUAAAAUUUUUAAAUAUUUUUGAUAAUUUAAAUUAUCUUUCUUAAAUAUUUUUUUUGUUAAGUUUGAGAUAAAAUAAUUAUAAUAAUAAAUCUUGUAUAAUAAAUUUUGUAUACAAAUGCA